CAACAACUUCCGGCAACAUGCUUGUCAAAACCUUUUGCAUGGUUUUACGUGAAAUACAGCAUGUACAAGUGCAAUAUGUGAAAAGAUAUAGUAGCAAAGAGCUCAAACGAUUUUAUAAAAAUGUGACUGUAACACAAGCUGAGGGGCGCCAAGGGUUUGAAAUAAAUCUGGAUAAACGCAAACUACGUACUCCAAUGGGGACUGUUUUACAAAUACCUAGUGAGCCACUAGCCCUGGCGGUCCAGGCAGAAUGGGAGGCACAAGAUCAAGUCAUUCACAGACCAUCUAUGCACUUGACCUCCUUGUGUAAUACAGCCCAAGAUAAUCCAACAAAGAGAUCUAGAGAAGUGGUAGUGGGUGGCAUGCUAGAAUACCUUAAUACAGAUACUAUAUGUUAUAGAAUGGAUGAACCCCAAGAGUUGCAUGAACUACAAAAAGCCAAAUGGGAUCCACUGUUAGACUGGGCUAAAGAAAGAUACAAUAUAGUGCUAGAGCCCACUGUAACUAUAGCCCAACCACUGGUUCCUGCCGAGACAGUAGAAGUAUUCAGGCAACAUCUGCAAUCAUAUAGUGACUGGUCUCUUAUAGGAUUUCAAACCAUUGUUGAAGCAUUAAAAUCUGUAAUUCUGACCAUGGCACUAGUUGACCGCUACACCACAGUAGAAACUGCAGUGGAUCUUUCAAGACUAGAAUUGAAUUAUCAGAUAGGAAAAUGGGGCAAUGUAGAAUGGCACCAUGAUAUAGAACUGACAGAUCUCUAUGCUAAAGUCUCUGCUUCAUUACUGUGUAUACAUCUAACCAGUGAGGACACAUUUACUAAGCAUAAAACCAUAGCUGGGCAGCUACAUUGAUAGUGCCUAUCAUACAAUAGUACCUACUGUAUGAUAAUACCUGGCAAUGGGCAUGGGAAAUGACUUUAAAUAUCAUAGUAGAACUUUAUAAUUUUACCAACUGUAUGACAGUACAUCUUGUCAAUAAAAAGUACACAUUGUGUGAUUGUACCAUAUUGUACAUAUAAUCAUUAUUGUUAAUAUUUAUUAUUUAAAAAAAUAAAUGAAGUACAGUAUAAAACAUUUUGAUUACAGCUUACUUUAGUUGGGGCCAAUGAGGUAAGUUAUAAGGGGUUGAAAUUGUAAAGUGUGAUGAGCCUAAAACAAGCACGAGAUACCUUUUUUAUGAGAAAAAUGGGAUAUACUUAAAGUUAAGUCUCCUAUCCAUGUCUAAAUGAAUUACAAGAUACUUGGGUAAUAUCUCAAAUACCAGUGGAAAGAUUUUGUUCAUGUUUUUUUCAAAAUUGUUGCUUCUUGUUCAAAAUUGGAAACCGAAUUUGAGAUUUUUUGUCUGAGAUGAUUGAAAUACUUCUUGCUCUUUUAGAUUUCACAAAAUUAUUGUUGUAGAUUCAACAUUAGAUAUCACAGAAAAUAGUUUGGCUGUACAUAUAUGUUAUAUAGUGCAAGUGCAAUGUCUUAUGGAUAAAGAAUCCAUAAACAAUAUAUGUCAACAGG